GAGGAGACUGGAAAACAACAAAAGACAACAAGAGAAGAGGAUCAGAGACGAGUAUCAGAGACGAGGAUCAGAGACGAGGAUCAGAGACGAGGAUCAGAGAACAGGAUCAGAGACGAGGACCAGAGAAGAGGAUCAGAGAACAGGAUCAGAGACGAGGAUCAGAGACGAGGACCAGAGACGAGGAUCAGAGACGAGGAUCAGAGAACAGGAUCAGAGACGAGGAUCAGAGAACAGGAUCAGAGACGAAGAUCAGAGACGAGUAUCAGAGACGAGGAUCAGAGACGAGGAUCAGAGACGAGGAUCAGAGAACAGGAUCAGAGACGAGGACCAGAGAAGAGGAUCAGAGAACAGGAUCAGAGACGAGGAUCAGAGACGAGGACCAGAGACGAGUAUCAGAGACGAGGAUCAGAGACGAGGAUCAGAGAACAGGAUCAGAGACGAGGAUCAGAGACGAAGAUCAGAGACGAGGAUCAGAGACGAGUAUCAGAGACGAGUAUCAGAGACGAGGAUCAGAGACGAGUAUCAGAGACGAGGAUCAGAGACGAGGAUCAGAGAAGAGGAUCAGAGACGAGGACCAGAGAAGAGGAUCAGAGACGAGUAUCAGAGACGAGGAUCAGAGAAGGGGAUCAGAGAAGAGGAUCAGAGAAGUGGAUCAGAGAAGAGGAUCAACAUCGGUGGGGCUGACAACAGAGCAAGAGAUGAGAAAACACUUGGUCUACUUUCUUCUGGCCCUCGUGCUGAUACAUACAGGCAUAGCCAGCAGUGUGAUCUCUGUGUCUCACACACAGGACAGAGAGCAUCUGUCUAUUACCUGUCGUCUCCUGUCGGAAAACAACACUGUUUCUCAGAUCAACUGGGAGAUGAUCAGCAGUCCCAACCAUACCACUACCAAACUGAAACUGGGCACCUUCCAUCCCGUGUUCGGUACCUACGUGGUCCCAGAGUACAACGACACUGUGAAGAUCCAAAGUAGUGCCUCCAGCCGUAGUUCCAGACUCGACCUGAAGGAAGGCGCUGUGGAGGAGGUCAGCCAACUCUGCUGUGUAUUCAUCACGUUUCCCUCUGGGGUGCUGGAGCACUGUACACAUACCCGGAUCAAUGAAAACACUGCAGAGGCCCAGGAGUCAGAGGAUGCACAGCGGCUGCUAGGGGAAAGAACUUUGGAACAGUGGUCCCUGUUGGUUGGAGGCUCUACCAUCUGCAUCCUGAGCAUUGUGACCUCACUGUACUACUGCUGGAAGUACUGCUGCAGACACUGCUGUCACAGGAGGCGAAUGUUUGAGGUAGAGGCGUAUCUGACAGAUCAACACACAGAAUCAGAAGGGGUCACAGAGGAGCCCCCCCAGCAACCCCCCCUUCCCUCACCCCCCCAGCCUCAGCCCCAGGGUUUUGACCCCUCCAAACUCUAUGCUAAGAUCAAGCUGGACCUGCUGUAUGGACGGCUGUGGAAGGCCUACCAGGGGACGGCCACAACCUGGGGCCCCACAACACAGCACGGGCCACAACAAGGGCCACAACAAGGGCCACAGCAAGUGGCAGAGCCAGGGCCACAAAAGAGGGAAGAACCGGAAGAAUCCGUUCUACAACUAGAACCAGAACAUCAACCACCUCUGGUAGGAAGAGAGGAACCAGUGACAGUGACUGAGCCUGAAACUGAGUCUGAGCUAAUACCUCCACCAACCCUGGAUCGUGGGACACAGAUGGAGGAAAUGGAGUCGGACACUGGUUUAUGAGGGGAGUGUGUGUGUGUGUGUGUGUGUGUGUGUGUGUGUGUGUGUGUGUGUGUGUGUGUGUGUGUGUGUGUGUGUGUGUGUGUGUGUGUGUGUGUGUGUGUGUGUGUGUGUGUGUGUGUGUGUGUGUGUGUGUGUGUGUGUGUGUGUGUGUGUGUGUGUGUGUGUGCGUGCGUGCGUGCGUGUGUGUGUGUGUGUGUGUGUGUGUCGGGAUGAAUAAUGUAUUGUUGACAUCGGUUGAAACUAUCUGUCAAUUAAUACGAUCAAUCUUUAUUGUCCCAGGGGGACAUUUAGUGUGAGAAUAUUAAACUCAUCUGAACUUUUAAACAGAGUUAAGGGUUUAAUGACCUUUGGCUUUUUAAAGAGACCUGUUAUUACAAGGAGUGAGACAGUGUAUGUUUGUGGCUUUCUGUUAAAUAUAA